GUCUUCAAAGGAGAAGGAGAAGGAAGAGAAGAAGGAAAAGAAGAAGAAGUCCAAGGAUAAAAAUCCAGAGCCCGAACCGGAGGCGGAGCCGGCCCCAGAACCGGAGGCCGAAGUGGAGCCAGAGCCGGAGCUCGAUCCGGCCGAAGUGGACGCAUUGCUGGAAGAGGUGGAUCGUGACCGCAAGCCGCGCGCAACGUCCGAAGCAUUCAGUUUCUGGGGUCUCGGGGGCUCCAAGAAGAAGAAGGAUCUGGAAGAUGCCAUGGACGGCGAGGAUGCGAUCCCACCCCCGCCCCCUGCUGUUCCCGAUGCCCCCCACUCUGCGUCUCGUCGCUCAUACGGCAGUCGGUUGACUGAUCGAUUGAGAGCUUUCGAGGCCUCGCGUGAAGAAGACCUCCCAGCGGAACCUGAGCCAGAGCCUGAGCCCGAGGUAGCUGCGCCCCCUUCGCCUCCCCCAGAGCCUGUCGAGGAGAAGAAGAAGUCGAAAUCGAAAAAGAAGUCAUCAAAGUCUGCGGCAGCGCCCCCUCCGCCGCCACCACCACCGCCAGAGCCCGAAGCAGACCCCGAACCGACACCUGCCGAGGAAGGCAGUUCAUCGGGGCUUCCAGGCGCUUUCCCCGAGGAAGAGCCAGAACCCGAGCCAGCCGCCGAACCUGCGCUAGCCGACGAUGAGAUUGUCGUCGAGGUAGCUCCCAAGCGAGAGAAGAAGAGUAAGAAGAGCAAGUCUAGGGCGAUGGCUGAUGCGCCGAUUCCUCCGCCACCACCUCCAGUGCCAGACCCUCCGUCGGCAAUUGCCUCCCCACUGGACGGCGAGGAAGAGCCCCAGCCCGAGAAGAGGCGAUCCAAGAAAGAGAGAACGAGGAUUAGCCGUGAGGGUGGUUCAUCGUGGGGCAACUGGACCGCGGCCCCCGAGCCGCCCGAGGACCCUCCAGCGAAGGAGGAAAGGAAGCGAUCUUCGCGUACCAAGACCGAGAGAAGCUCGAAGCGAUCCGCCGAGAAGGAGGACAGGGAGAAGGACAAGGAGCGCGAGAAGGGAAAGACAUCCUCCUCAAAGGGUUCCAACUCGGACAAGGCAGACCGCGCCCCUCGCUCCGACCGCCCUGACGGUCCUCCUGCUCGUCCACGGCUGGCGAGUAUGUUUACUAGCUCGACACCUCCCAUUUCACGCUCCAUGUCCACGCGAGAGAAGCGCCCGAGCAUGGGUCGCUCCUCGCGUCGUAAUUCGGCAGAUCACGGUCUUGCAUCUCCACCCCCCGAAGAGGUACCGGAGAUGAGUUCCAAGGCAGCCAAGAUCCUGGGAUUUGGAGGCGGCAAGCCCAGCAGCAGUGAGCGCAGAAAGUCGCGGAAAUCGCGCUUGCCUGAAGACGAGCCUCUCACGGAAGCCGAGGGCAGUCUCGGCCGGUCUGAACCCAAGUCUGAGCGUCGCCGUUCAAGAAAGCCUACCAUGGAAGGCGACGAGCUGAUGCCCGAUGUGCCGCCAACUCCGCCCGUGGAAACGACUCUGAAGCGCAAGGGAGGUAUCUCUGGACUGUUCAGCGGGCUGAUGACGCCAAAGGCUGACCGCCCGGAGCGUGGUGGACUGCAACGUCGUAGCACCUACGCAACAACUGACGACGAAGCUCGUGGACCACCGCCACCACCUCCUCCAGCAGAAGCUGUGCCACCACCAGUCGACGGUCCUGAACGUGAGGCACGCCGAGUCGCGCGCCGAGCUAAGAGGGCGGAGCGUGAUGCAGCAGCAGCAGCUGCUGCUGCUCCAGCAGAGGAGAGCACCCGCAAAGCCAAGGACGAGUCUCGACGAGAGCGCCGCAGACGCGAUGAGGAUGCCGAAAAGGAGGCGCGUCGGGCGGAGCGCCGAGCUGCUCGAGAACGAGAGGAGGAGCAACGUCGCGAAGAGGAGGCGAAGGAGGCUGCCGCCAUGGCAGCCGAACAAGCCGACGAGGGUGCCCCCCGGUCCUCGAAACACGAGCGUCAUCGAUCGCGCCAAGUCGAUCCGUCAGAAGACGAGGCCGAGCGGCGUCGUAGGCGCGAAGAACGACGUGCGGCCAAGGAAGCCGCAGCAGCAGGUCCGGAACGCAGGAAGAGCAGCCGCCGCCAUGCCGAGGAGACUGGGGAUGAAUCAGCAUUUCCCCGAAAGCAGCGGCGGCGCGAGCGGGAGAGCACCGCCUGGCCUCACUCGGGAACAUCAUCCUGGGUCAAGGACCACUCGGACGCACCGCCGCCUCCUCCACCUGAGAAGGCAGAGGACGAGGAGGCGCGGCGCGAGGCUCGACGGGCACGGCGGCGCGCACGUGCAGCGGAAAUGACGGCAGACGAGACGGACGACCCGCGCCGUCGCCGUCGCCGAGAAGACAGGGAGCGUGAGAAGCGCAUGGCCGCUUCGGAAGGGAGUGAUGAGCGCCACCAGAGCCGCCGUAACUCCUUGUUCAUGGACACUGGCGCGAGCAUGAGCGCUACGCCCCGGACCAGCUGGUGGAAGAAGCUGGCGGGAUGAUGAGACGAGACGCCACGAGACCACGGUGCCUUUGUUUGAUUUUGGAGCACAAUCUGUCGGCAAUCUUCUCUUUUCAAGCGUAUACCUUCAUCCAUUGCAUUGUCCAGCAUGGCAACGGUGUCUUGGGUUCAAGUUUUUGUCUGUUCUUGUUGCCUGUUUGGAUUGGCUCGUGAUGCCACACGGUACGGUGUAUGUGUUUGUAGGUUUUCGAUACCCAUUGUUGGCUUAGCGAAGUAGCUGGCCUACAUGAUCAGUAGAUGAAAGUGGAAUAGCGACUGUUAAAUGUAUUGAGUUUGCGC